AUGGCUAACUCUUUGUCUGCUGAGCAGCCACUAUGCCAUGCAGACGAGAGCUCCGCCCUGUUGCAAUUCAAACAAAGCUUUUCAAUUGACAAAUCCACUUCUAGUGAUCCUUCUGCUUAUCCGAAGGUUGCAUCAUGGAAGCUCGAAGGAGAUAGUGGCAACUGCUGCUCAUGGGAUGGUGUCAAAUGCGAUGAGGAUACGGGUCAUGUGAUUGGCCUUGACCUCAGCAGCAGUUUCCUCCACGGUUCUAUCAAUUCAAGCAGCAGCCUCUUCAGCCUAGUUCACCUUCAGCGACUUAACCUUGCUUAUAAUGACUUCGAUUACUCUCGCAUUCCAUCAGAAAUUAGCCAUCUCUCAGGGCUAGUAAGUCUCAACCUUUCCUCCUCUGUAUUUUCCGGUCAAAUCCCUUUGGAAAUCUCAAAAUUGUCCAAAUUGGUUUCCAUUGAUCUUUCUUUCAAUGUAGACUCAUCAAAUUCAGGACUACUGAAACUUGAAAAGCCUGGUCUGAGAAGCCUACUUCAAAACUUGACUAACCUCAAAGUGCUUCGUCUCAAUGACGUGAGCAUAUCUUCUGAAGUACCUGAUACAUUGGCCAACUUAACUUCCUUGACAACCCUCGUCCUGGAAAAUUGUGGGUUGCGUGGUGAGUUCCCAAUAAGCAUAUUCUAUCUACCAAAGCUUCAAGUUCUCAAUGUGCGUUUCAAUAAAAAUCUCACUGGUCAUUUGCCCAAAUUUCACCCAGUCAGCCCUCUUCAGUAUUUGACACUUUCUGACACCAGUUUCUCAGGGAAGCUACCAGAUUCGAUUGGAAAUCUUCAUUUCUUGAAUGUGUUAAAUUUCUCUGACUGCUAUUUCUCAGGGUCCCUUCCAGUUUCACUUGGUAAUUUGACCCAACUCAAUUACAUGUCACUUUCAUCCAACCAAUUUAAUGUAGGGACCCUGCCAUUUCUUGGUAAGCUAAUUGAACUCACUGAAUUGCACCUUAGUGAAAUCAAUCUAUACGGUUCGAUCCCAUCAUUUCUUUCAAACCUAACUCAACUUACUCAUUUAGACCUGAACUCCAAUCACUUAAGUGGUGAAAUAACAUCCCAUAUAACGAACCUAACCCAUCUAAUUUCGCUAGAUCUUUCAAUUAAUCAAUUGCAAAGCCCAACCCCAAGGUCAUUCUCUGAGUUCUAA